AGCGCAGAUCUGUCCGCCCGGCCCCACUGGCUAGGCAGGCCUAUCUGCAUCAGGGCCCUGGAACGGAGGCCAGCCUUCACCCUCUCCCUACCCACUCGCACAGCUCUCUCCCCAGGUAGUGCCAUCAAAGGUCAACACUGGGCCUGGAGCUGGCACAGCAAACACAUUUGUGCAUCAUCGUCAUUACUAAGCCUAUUAACGCCACGUGUCUGGUGGGUACUGACAGCCCAGCCAUAGAACAAGCUGAUGACACCAUGCCACAGCAAUCCCCUGCCUCACAGCGGAAGGCCCAGAGGCCCCAUUCCAGAGCGGCAGUGUGGAUGGAGGACGUCCCCAGCUGGGACCACCCAGGCCCAUACUUCUCCUGGAGAAAACACAUUGGAAGAGCAGUUAUGGCCAGAGACCCUGAAGAAUGUUCUGUUAUGCAACCCAAAGAAGUCAGGAUCCAGUGUGCCUUCUAAGUCAGUCCACUCUCUGAGACCUUCUGAUAUUAAAUUUGUGGCAGCCAUUGGCGAUGUGGAAACUCCUCCAGACUCAGGGACAGUCGACGUGGAGAAGCAAAAAUGGACUGACAAACUGCCACAGCAGGCGUGCUUAGGAGUGGUGACAGUCCUUUCAGAUGUCAUCAGACACUUCAGUCCCUCUGUUCUGAGGCCCGUGUGUGCCCCUAGGGAGAGAGUGAUACCCUCCACUGGUGCUGAAGACUUAUGGAUUCAGGCCAAAGACCUGGUGAGGAGCAUGAAGGAGAACCAGCAACUUGACUUUCAAAAUGACUGGAAGCUCAUCAAUGUGUUCUUCAGUAAUGCAAGCCAGGAUCACCUAUGUCCCUCCACCCAACAGGAAAGCCGUGUGACGAGUGGCAUGGACAAGCUGACUAGAACCCUGGACUACCUGCACCAGGAGGUCCCCAAAGCAUUUGUGAACCUGGUGGAUCUCUCUGAGGCAAUGGGGGUCUCUCCCUGGCAUCAGGGGACACAGCUCAGCCCUGCAGCAGAGCCCCAUGGGUGCUCAGAGGAGACCUCUAGGCUGUCUAAGGCUGUGGCACAGUGGUCCUAUCAGGAAAGCUGGGAACGUCUCCUGGCCUCCAGCAAGUAUAACGAGCAGGGGUCCUUUGCAGUGGUUUUCCAGCCCUUCUUCUACGAGACAACCCUGUUGGGGGAGCAGCCACUCCAGGAUCCCACCACACUCGCCUUGAAUCUCUGGAACAACAUGAUGGAGCCAGCAGGACAGAAAGAUGAGCCAUUCAGCGCAAAAGAGAGGAGGCCGGUGAAAUGUCCUUCUGAGGAGAAUCCCUAUCUGUUCACCUACAGGAACAGCAACUACCUGCCCAUGUCACCAAAACUCCAUGAGAGGCUUGAGGUGAGAGAAGGGACGGAAAUCGAGUGCCCUGACAAGGACCCCUCCGACUCGAUUCCCACCUCAGUUCACAGGCUGAAGCUGGCGGACAUCAAGGUAAUCGGAGCCCUGGGCGACUCUCUCACGGCAGCUAACGGGGCCGGGUCCACACCUGGGAACUUGCUGGACGUCUUGACUCAGUAUCGAGGCCUGUCCUGGAGCUGCGGCGGCGACCAGAACCUGAGCAGCGUCACCACCCUGCCCAACAUCCUCCGGGAAUUCAACCCUUCCUUGAUGGGCUUCUCUGUUGGCACUGGGAACGAAAACAGUCCUGGAGCCUUCCUAAACCAGGCCGUGGCAGGAGCCACAGCUGAGGGGUUACCUGCUCAGGCCAGGAGGCUGGUGGACCUGAUGAAGAAUGACAUGAAGAUAAAUUUUCAGGAAGAUUGGAAGAUAAUAACCUUGUUUAUAGGAAGCAAUGACCUCUGCGAUUUCUGCAAUGACCCGGCCCGCUAUUCUCUCCAGAACUUCACAGACAACAUUGGGAAGGCUCUGGACAUCCUCCAUGCUGAGGUUCCUCGGGCAUUUGUGAACCUGGUAAAGACGCUGCAGAUUUUCAACCUGAGGGAGCUGUACCAGGAGAGUAAUGUCAGCUGCCCAAGGCUGAUCCUCAGGUCUCUGUGCCCCUGUGUCCUGAAGUUUGACGACAACUCCACAGAACUUGCCUCCCUCGUGGAACUGAAUAAGAAGUAUCAGGAGGGGACUCAUGAGCUGGUGGAGAGUGGGCGAUACGACACGAGGGAAGAUUUUACAGUGGUCGUGCAGCCGUUCUUUGAAAAAGUGGACAUGCCAAAGACCUCGGAGGGGUUGCCUGACAGCUCUUUCUUCGCUCCUGACUGUUUCCACUUCAGUAGCAAGGCUCAUGCCCAUGCAGCCAGUGCUCUCUGGAAUAACAUGCUGGAACCCGUCGGCCAGAAGACAACACAGCAUAAUUUUGAAAGCAAGAUCAAUAUCGCAUGUCCAAACCAGGUCUGGCCAUUUCUGAGCACCUACAAGAACAGCGUGCAGGAUCAUGGGAGCCAGCUGUCGUGCAGGGACACAGCUCCUUCUCCCUCGACGCCCACCUCAGUACACUCCCUGAGACCUGCAGAUAUCCAAGUUGUGGCUGCUCUGGGGGAUUCUCUGACUGCUGGCAAUGGAAUUGGCUCCAAACCAAACGACCUUCCUGACGUCACCACUCAGUAUCGGGGGCUGUCAUAUAGUUCAGGAGGGGACGGCUCCCUGGAGAACGUGACCACCUUACCGAAUAUCCUUCGAAAGUUUAACGGCAAUCUCACAGGCUACGCGGUAGGCACGGGUGACGCCAAUGCCACAAAUGCGUUCCUCAAUCAGGCUGUUUCUGGAGCAAAGGCUGAGGAACUUACAAACCAAGUCCAGGCUCUGGUGCAGAGGAUGAAAGAUGACCAUAGAGUAAACUUCCACGAGGACUGGAAGGUCAUCACGGUGCUGAUUGGAAACAGCGAUUUGUGUGACUACUGCACGGACUCGAAUCUGUAUUCUGCAGCCAAUUUUUUUGAGCAUCUCCGCAACGCCUUGGACAUCCUGCACAGAGAGGUGCCCAGAGCCCUGGUCAACCUCGUGGACUUCAUGAGCCCCAGCGUCGUGCGGCAGGUGUUCCUGGGGAACCCAGACAAGUGCCCGGUACAGCAGGCCAGUGUUCUGUGUAACUGUGUUCUGACCCCGCGGGAGAGCUCCCAAGAGCUGACCAGGUUGGAGGCCAUCGCCCAAGCCUACCAGAGCAGCAUGCGUGAGCUGGUGGAGUCGGGUCGCUACGACACCCAGGAGGACUUCUCUGUGGUCCUGCAGCCUUUCUUCCACAACAUCCAGCUCCCCAUCCUGGCGGAUGGGCACCUGGAUUUGUCCUUCUUCGCCCCAGACUGCAUCCACCCAAGUCAGAAAUUCCACUCCCAGCUCUCCAGAGCCCUCUGGGUCAACAUGCUUGAACCACUAGGAAGGAAAAUGGAUACGCUGGACCUGCCAGCAGACAUCCCCCUCUCCUGCCCCACUCAGAGCGAUUCCUUCCUGAGAACUUCCCGGAACAGUAACUACACAUACCCCACCAAGCCAGCCGUUGAGAACUGGGGCAGUGACUUCCUGUGUACCGAGUGGAAUCCUCCCAACAGUGUUCCCAGCUCGGUCCAUGAGCUCCAACCAGCAGACAUCAAAGUGGUGGCCGCCCUGGGUGACUCCCUGACUACAGCCGUGGGAGCCCGCCCAAGCAACACCAGUGAGCUACCCACGUCCUGGAGGGGACUUUCCUGGAGCAUUGGAGGGGAUGAAAUCUUGGAGACCCACACCACACUGCCCAACAUUCUAAAGAAGUUCAACCCUCACAUCCUCGGGUUCUCCACCGGCACACAGGAGGAGACGGCAGGACUGAAUGUAGCAGUGGAAGGGGCCAGAGCUCGGGACAUGCCGGCCCAGGCCCGGGACCUGGUGGAGCGAAUGAAAAACAGUCCUGAAAUCAACCUAGAGAAAGACUGGAAGCUGAUCACACUCUUCAUCGGGAGCAGCGACUUGUGUCAUUACUGCGAGAAUCCGGAGGCCUACUCAGCUGGGGAAUAUGUUCAGCACAUCCAGCAGGCCCUGGACAUCCUCUAUGAGCUUCCAAGGGCUUUCGUCAAUGUGGUGAAGGUCAUGGAGCUGGCUGGCCUGUACCAGGGCCAAGGCGGGAAAUGCUACAUGUCACUGGGAGCUCAGAGCAACUGCACUUGCCUCAGACGCUCCCAGGACAACUCCUCAGAGAUGCAAGAACUGAAGAAAGUGAACUGGAACUUCCAGAGUGGCAUCUCCAGGUUCUCCUACCAGCACCAGUACCUGCAGCGUGAGGACUUCGCGGUGGUCGUGCAGCCCUUCUUCCAGAACACUCUUGUCCCCUUGACCGAGAGAGGAGACACUGACCUCACCUUCUUCUCGGAGGACUGUUUCCACUUCUCAGAACGUGGUCAUGCUGAGAUGGCCAUCGCACUGUGGAACAACAUGCUGGAACCAGUAGGCCAUAAGACAACCGCCAACAACUUCACCCACAGCAGGACCAAACUCAAGUGCCCCUCUCCUGAGAGCCCUUACCUCUACACCCUGAGGAACAGCGGGCUACUCCAAGACCAGGCUGAAGCAGGCCCCCAGGUGAUCUCCUGGGCCGUGCCAGUAGCAGCAGGAGGUGGCCUCGCAGUUGGCGUUGGCACAGUCAUGGUGUGGAGAGCCAUACGAGGUCGCCAGAGGGAAAAUCUGCCAAUGAGCCUGAACAGUAUGGGCCUCUAGGCUUCCAGCCGUGUACAGGUGCUCAUCCUAAAUUUCCUAGCCAUGUUCCUCACCAGCGCUCCACCACAGCCACCCCUGGACACCACACGAAGAGCACUUGCUUCGACACUGGGUGAUGUAGGAAGCCAAAGGGACAGUCACGACUUCUUGGAGCCUGGGGCCUAUGCUCCUGUAAUUAGCGAAUUUAAAUAAAGGCCAAAGUCAUUCUA